AUGGAGUCGAUUGCCUUCAAGGAAUGGGCGAAGUCGGAAAGCCUGGUGCUCAACGCAAAACUCCAAGAGUUCGACGGCGCCGUCGUCGGCUUCGAUGGCGAGGACUACCUCCACACGCUGCUCACCAAUCCCCAGACCCGCGAGCCUCUUCUUCCGGCGCUUGGCGGCCUUCCAUUUGCUCUCGAACAACAUGUCGACAGCGAUCUAGAGAACCUGAAGAAGGCCGGCAUCAAGCCCAUGUUUAUUUUCAAUGGCCUCGAUACAGCAUGCAAAGAUCGCAAGAGUAUUGCGAAGGAGAGCCAGAAGGCCAUUGCUGGUCUGGACGAAGGUGCGGCGACCUAUCUCCUUCUGCAUUCCCCUUCCUCCCUGACGAAAAGCUGUGUAGAAUCUAACAUAUUACAGCGUGGCGAGUAUACGAUCUUGGACGAGGCGACGAUGCAGUUCUGGCAUUCGGUAAAGCAUGCACGUACCGGACAUCACACAUCGUGAGAUCACUUCUCUUCCACCUCCACCGAAAGGGUGUGUAUGUGGCGGUAGCGCCGUACAGCGCUGCCGCGCAGCUUGUGCACAUGGAGCGGGAGAAGUACCUCAGCGCCAUAUACGGCUCCGCAUCAGUCCUGGUCUUUGGCGCUGAAAAGGUCUUGAUCAGUUUCGAUUGGGACAGUAAGCGCGUUGCGUUCAUCUCCAAGGAUCAAAUCCUUGCGAAGCUUGUGCUGAACCAGUCACAAUUCGUGGAUCUGUGCCUUCUCGCCGGCACAAGCAUAUUGUCGCCUCUCCCGGAAAUCGACAUGGAUUCGACGCCCAAGAUUCCUGCCGCUCGAGCAGUAAUGGCACAAGCCGGUAAUGACGGUCACGCUGUUUGCGUUCGAGCAAAGGAUGAGGACUAUCUCGCACUUUUCCGCAAAGCGAAGGCAGCUGUCAAGCACAUGGUGAUCGUUUUCGAGAAUGGGGAGAUCAAGCAACUUGAUGCAGAAAACGUCUCGAACGAUACUCACGAGUUCAUUAGUCAAAGGCUGCCCGAAGAGAUCUUUGCAUACCAAAUGCACGGCUUCGUGGGGCAUCGAGUACUCAACUGGCGCACGCGGCAGGAAGUCUUCGAGACUCCGCCGUUGGAUGGAGGCAAUUCCCAAGUAUACAGGGUAAGCAUGCCAUUUCACCACUAAUUGGGCCCUACUGACUGGCAAUAGGAGCUCGUACAAGAGAAGCUGCGGCCUCUACGUACGCGAACACUUGCUCUCCUGACCCAACCGCUGCAUAGGUACUUCUCCAAGAAGGAGGUGGACCUGAUAUGCUGGUUCAACGAAAACGGUAAGCGACCACUUGGCGUGAGCGACGCUUUAUCUCCAGACAACACCAGAGACGCCGAGAGCUGGCAUGUCAAAGAAUCCCUCAUGUCUCAAUCCGCCGAAGCGAAGCAGAUCGACGUGAACACAUGUCCGAUUCAGUAUGCAAUCGCUGUGCUGUCUGACGAGACACUGGCAAAGAAGACCGUUACCCGGAAAAACAAUGGAGAGCAUUCUGUUCUCAGUCAUCAAAAGGAGCUCCUGUCAAACAUCAUGUGGCGAUUCCUGCAAGACAGAAACUACAUCAAUUCGGACCAUACGCUCUCGGCUUGGGGCAAAGCGCUGAAGACGGCUUUUGAGCAAGCAAGCAGCGACGGCUAUCUAAGCAAGACAGGUAUGUGCGUGCCCGACUUCAAUCUGCGCGUCUCUGACGAUUUGCAGAUCCACCUGGCGAGGCAGAAGAAGCGAUAUUCCUAGCGUUCGAACUGCUACGAAUGGAUGUACUCAACAACAAGCAGCUCUUCCUCACUCCUCCGUAUAGCGGCGCUCCAAUGCGUGGCAGCGAAAGCGACAAGGCGAAUGUGCUAUUAAUUAGCCGCGUCGCUUGCCUCGGAACUUUCCAACACGAUGCGAUUGGCUACACAGGACCUCUGUCAAGACACCUGCUCGCCUUUCAUCAAGUGGCAGCCGCAGUGCGCAACAGCCUGCGUGACCUUACGGAGAUCCAUGGCUGCAAUAUGAUGAUGAGUGGAAGUGCAGUGCGUAUCAGGGACAAUGCCGACUUCACGGAUGUUGGUGCAAAGCUUCCUUUUGGCAAGGAGCCUGAUCUUGGGUUGGCGCUUGUGGUUAAGAGCCACUUGGAUGAGCUAUCGCAAGAGCCCUCGCGCCGCGCGAAUAUUGCACAAUGGUUCAAUCACGCGCUCGACAUCUCUGCUGAUCUCGAAAAGGCGUGGAAGAUGUGGGACGCGAUCAAUGCAGGAGUCCAGGCUGCUGACAGUGCGAUAUUAUCGACUGAGAUCAGGAACAUGUUCGCGAACGCAAACACAUGGCUGCAGGAGAAGACGAAGGCUUCACGAAUGAGCAACGGUACCGAUGGAGCCUCGUAG